AUGGUUGCAUUUGGAAAUGAUUGCAAGAGUAAUGAUUACAAGUUAUUCGCUGCAGGAUCAAAGUCAUGGGGUUCAUUGUGUUUAUUCGAAGUCUAUUCGGUUCGAUUACAUUCAUGGAAAAGCAUUGAAGAGGUACCUUAUGGGUUGAAUGCGUGCUUCAAACCUAGAGUGUUAGUUAAUAGAGAUUUUCAUUGGUUGGCCGAAAGGCCGGAAGACUCUUCUGGUUUUAUAGUCUCUCUAGACAUCAGCAACGAGAUUUUCAAAGAAACAGAACUACCAAUAGACACUUCGGAGGAGGAUGACCUUUGUUUUCACGAGAUGGGGGCGUUGGAAGGGUGCCUUUGUUUAAUCGAAGGCCUUGAAAAUCAUGUUAAUAUAUGGGUAAUACAGAACUAUGGAGUUCGAGAAUCUUGGACUCUUCGUUAUACUUUCAAGAGUCAUAGACUUGUAAAUGACAAUGUGAGGCUUAUGUGGUCUUUCAAGAGCGGCGAGAUUCUAUUUGGGGGUGUUGGUACCGCUAGUCUAUUGUAUAUGAUCCUAAAUAUGGAAAAAGUAUAG